CCCAGACUGGCUGCGCCGCUUCCUCCGGAGGGCGGAGGCCUUGGACGUGGCGGGGCGGGCCUGGACCCUCCGCUCUCGGCGGCACCGGCAGGCUGGCCUUCCGUGCAGCGGUCGAGCCCCGACAGCUCCGGGGCCCUCCCAGGUAGAGGGCGCCGGCCCGCGUGAAGCUGGGCUGCAGCCGGAGGAUUGCGAGGCUGGGCGAGCGGCGCCUCACCUGCGCGGCGGGGAAAGGGCAGAAGGUGCGCAGGCGUGCAGCAGGCCUGGGGGUGGUGGCUCCAGCGUCCCUGCGCAGCCGGGCCAGCGGGCUGGACGCACUGGCUCGUUUGCAGUGGUGUCAUUUCCCAGCUGGUCUGCGUCCCCUUUCCGUCUCCUCGCCUCCGUUUGGGGCGGGUCGGGAGCAUGGCUUCGGAAAUGGAGUCGUCGCUGGAGACGAGCUUCAUGUCCAGCGGAGCGCUGUCGGGGUCUUCAGUGUUUCUGCCGCCUGCUCGCUCCCGCAUCUUCAAGAUCAUCGUGAUCGGCGACUCCAAUGUGGGCAAAACUUGCCUGACCUACCGCUUCUGCGCCGGCCGCUUCCCCGACCGCACCGAGGCUACUAUCGGGGUGGAUUUCCGAGAACGAGCGGUGGAGAUUGAUGGAGAGCGUAUCAAGAUCCAGCUCUGGGACACGGCGGGGCAGGAGCGGUUCCGGAAGAGCAUGGUGCAGCACUACUACAGGAACGUGCACGCCGUGGUCUUCGUGUACGACAUGACCAACAUGGCCAGUUUCCACAGCUUGCCGCUGUGGAUCGAAGAAUGCAAGCAGCACCUGCUAGCCAGCGACAUACCGCGGAUUCUUGUUGGAAAUAAGUGUGACCUCAGAAGCGCCAUCCAGGUGCCUACGGACUUGGCACAGAAGUUUGCCGACACGCACAGCAUGCCUUUGUUCGAGACCUCCGCUAAGAACCCCAAUGACAACGACCACGUGGAAGCCAUAUUUAUGACCCUGGCUCACAAGCUGAAGAGCCACAAACCACUGAUGCUCACCCAGCCCCCGGGUGACGGAGUCACCCUGCAGCCCGAACCGAAGCCUGAGGUGACGUGCUGGUGCUGAGGGAUGGUCCCCGUCACACCGUCGGAUUCUGACUGGAGAGACGAGUUCGAAGCAUGACAGUGAUCGUCGUCAAGAUUGAGUCUCAGAUGUAAUGGGUCAUCCUGGCGCUUCACUGUGCACGGUCUCCGUGCUCGCUCUGUCUUGACGUCGUAAUCUGGGGUGCUGCUGGGACCACAGGAGAGGAAAUUCGGCUGUCUGGCGAGGUUGGAUGUGAAGCAAAGGGAGGACGGCCGGAGCAUCUUUCCGGGAGAGCCGGGGAAGGCGGCUUCCGAGGGGGGGGGGGCCUGCCGGGGCUUCGAGCGCCCCCGCUGUUCAGCCCUGUGUUCGGUGAUGGGGAAGGUGCCGAGGGUUGAGUGCACACACCGAGUGGUGUGUCCUUCCAAAGGGAGGCUUCUCAAUAGGGUGAAAACUUGUAGUGGCCUCUCCCUGUCCUUCCUUCUUUGUAUCAUUAAUGGGUUUAACUGCGUUGUUAUGGGUACAUUUUGGAGCCAAGGCUUUCGUUCCAGCCGGAGGAGAAGGCAUCGCGUGUUUUCUGAGUCUCGGUCUUGAACGAAGGACGUUCCCAGUAGUUCUUGAGAUUUCACGCGCUAUUUCUAAUCAAUAUCAAUGAGUGCUGCAGAAAUGAUUGUUAUUUUGAAGAGAGUGAUUUGAAUUGUUUUCUUACUAAAUUCUAUUAAAAUAUGCAAAAAUAGGUGAAAUUUGUUGAGUGCACGUGAAGUGACAUCAUAAGGUGCUUUAUAUUUUAUGAUGGGAUCUUCAAACAGUAGGAAACAAACGGGAAGCCGGUGAGGAGCUGUGGCCUGGGGGAAGCGGGGAGGCACGGUUCCCGGCUGUCACAGGAGACACAGCGUGGAGUCAUUUGGAGAUGUGUGUCUGGCACCGAGUCUCUCCCCCCGCUCCCCCCCCCCCCCCACAUCAACUUCACGACUAAAGGCUGAGCUAACAGAUCAUCUUCCGUUUGGAUUGUAGCUCUGAGGUAUACCCUUAACUGCUAUGGGUGCACAUAUAUUUCUGUAACAGUAUGUGUUACAGUACAUCAGUUCUUAAAAAUCUUUAAGUUUUAUGGCCACAACAUGCUCUUCCUCCUCAGUGUGGAAAAACAAGUUAGAUAUUUUAAAGAUCUUGCCUGCCCUUCACUGGCAGAAAGAAUAUUUGGAACCGUUUUUUUUUAACCCCUAGAUAUUUUUACUUUGAAUCGAAGACUUUGCACAUAGAGAGUAGGAAGCUUGCAUAUGAAGCUGCUACGUGAAUGGAAUGUAAGCCAUGAGCUUCAGCCCAAGUGCGCACAUUGGGUGGUUCCGACAGGCUGCUGUCCUCGGGCGUUGUGGAGGCGAUGAAGCCAAAAGCUGAUUGUACUUAGAAUACUUUCAGGGUGUGGGAAACCGAUUCAAUAUGUAGCUCAUUUAGUUUAGGAUUUUUGUUUUAUCAUCAUGGUGGUCCUAACUGGAUAAUUUAAUUGUGAAAGCGAGAUAAUUCUAUUAAAUGAACUAACUAAAAGUAAUAAUUAUAGAAGAUCAUUGUUCAGUUUUUAAUAUUAGAGCUUAAGGAAAAACAGAUUGGCUUUAUUUGUGUUCAGAGAUUAAUCCAUUUUUCUUAUGAUAGAAUUAAAAAUGAUUUGACUUUAUCUAAUUCAUGUUGAUUUGUAUCUAUUUUUAUAGUGAAACAGUGACAACUGUAAUAAUUGUGUUGGGCGUAAUAGUUUUUUAAAGAAGGGAAUCUGUUUGUUGCUUUUGAAAACAUUUUGUAGAGUGGGGAGAGAAAGUUUACAGACUUUCCAAGCACAUGUACGUUUUUCAGUGCUGUUAUUAGUGGUUUUU